AUGAACCUUAAAGAACUUUUGCUUAGAGGAAUAUAUUCUUUUGGAUUUGAAAAGCCUUCAGCUAUCCAACAACGUGCAAUUGUUCCUUGUUGUACUGGAAGAGAUGUUAUUGCCCAAGCACAAUCGGGAACUGGAAAAACUGCAACAUUUUCUGUUUCAGUUCUUCAACGUGUUGAUGAUAAAGAUCCAAAUGUUCAGGCUUUGGUUAUGGCACCAACUCGUGAAUUGGCACAACAGAUUAUGCUUGUUAUGCGCGCUUUGGGUGAAUAUUUGGAGGUUAAAUUUCAUCUUUGUAUUGGUGGAACUUCUGUUCAGGACGAUCAACGCAAACUUCAAGGAGGAAUUCAGGUUAUUGUUGGAACACCUGGACGUGUUAAUGACAUGAUCCAACGAGAAUCGCUAAAGACCAAAAACAUAAAAAUGUUUGUUUUGGACGAGGCUGAUGAAAUGCUUUCUCGUGGUUUUAAGGAUCAAAUCUAUGAUGUUUUUAAGAGUUUGCCUAAUGAUGUUCAGGUUGUUCUUCUGUCUGCUACCAUGCCAAACGAUGUUUUGGAAGUCACCAAAAAGUUUAUGCGUAAUCCAAUCCAAAUUUUGAUUAAAAAGGAAGAACUUACACUUGAGGGAAUUCGUCAGUUCUUUAUUUAUAUUGAAAGAGAGGAAUGGAAGUUUGAGACUCUUUGUGACUUGUACGAUACGGUGAAUAUAACCCAAGCUGUGAUUUUUGCUAAUACACGUAGAAAGGUUGAAGAGUUGGCUCGUAAUAUGACAAAUAAGAAGUUUACAGUUUCUUUUAUGCAUGGAGAGAUGGAGCAAUCUGAACGAGAUUUGAUUAUGCGCGAGUUCCGAUCUGGCUCUUCCCGUGUAUUAAUUACUACCGAUUUGUUGGCACGAGGAAUUGAUGUUCAACAAGUUUCUGUUGUGAUAAACUAUGAUCUGCCUGGAAAUCGAGAGAACUAUAUCCAUCGGUAUUUUUCAUUUUUUGGUGUAGUGGGAAAAUGCUUUGUUUUGAGUAUAUAGGGGUCAUGGGUUCGAACCCUUUUUGGGGAAAUUCAUUUUUAUUU